AUGAGCACGCGAUCCAGUCAAUCCUCCUACGGGGACUCACAGUAUCUCUCAAACGUUGCCACUUCCGAUGUUCCAGCUCCAACACCGCCGAAUGGAAAGACACUCGUGGAGGAGUAUCGAGAUGCCCUGGAACCCCACCACGAGGAGCAGUCGCAAUACGACCCACUCCACCCGGCUCAUUCGCGGAGCUCGGUUUUCCUGAAUGUCAACGACCCCGUGACCAUGUACCUAUUGACCGAGACCGCCAUAGGGGAUAGCACGGAUUACGAAGUCCUAUCCUUCGAGGAGGUGGAAGGGUUGAAGAAGGAAGUCUCUUUGCUGUCCACUCGCAUCCAGGGCACGAAGCGGAAACUGGCACUCGAAACGAAACUGCGUGACGCGGCGCAAUCCCUUGGUAGACUCUACAGCCCGCCCAGCCCUCGGAGCAGCGGCGAAUACGGUGCCAAUGGCGGAUCGAACUCAAACCGGAUGAGCCGGGCUUCUGAGGCCCUCGACAAGAGUGACUCUGAACUCGCGGUCAGCCAGCGGCGAUGUGAGGAGUUGGCACAGGAACUUUGGAAACUGGAGAAGAGGUCGCAGAAGAUCAGUCAGCGCUUGCUGGAGCACACUGCGGGUGUCUUGCAGAUGACACACAAGGGUCUGAAGAAGGGUCCUAAGAACCCUGCUCCACCCACUUCGGAUAGCUCCCAUGAUGAUCUAAAAUUCGACGAUCGUAGUCUCUACCGGACAACUGAGCAUUUGGAUGACUUUGGCGUGGACAGGAAGAUCGAGACCAACGCGGCCGCCGCAAUGAAUACUGAGGCUAUGCAGGCUACAGAGCGACGAUUGGAGGAAAUUAGCGAGCGCAUGCAUGACCUGAUGAAAAAGUCGAACCCCGAUGAAUUCAUCGAUCCUCCCCCGCAGCUGUCAGCGGGUGGAGGGCCCGUCGAUCCCACAGGAACGGUCGACGCUCAUUUAGCCUAUAUCGAGAGUAGCAUGGAAAAAAUCGUCUUGCAUACAGGGGACGCUCCUGCUCCCACGACUGCUCGCGACAUUGCACCUGAAGCCGAGAUAGCCUGGAAACACCAACUUACCAAAAUCAACAAUCAAGUGCAAUCAAUCGUUGAUCGGUUUGGUUUGACCCGUUCGCCAACUUUGCCUCCGCCUCCUGAUCCGUCUGACGGCGAGGGACUAGAAGAGCAAUUCUCUUACCUUAAAACAGGUAUAGACGGCUUGGAGAGCCGAGUGGAUGGAGUCAUUGAGCAGAAGAGCAUUCUCACCACGCAAAUCCAGCAACAGCGCGAGCUCAACUCCAAGUCAGACGCCGAGCGCGAUGCCCAUAUCGGCGACCUGACGGAACAGUUGUCCCGCGUUCGCAAGGAUCUCGAAGCGUCUGAGCGCGAAGGCAACGCCAAAGGCGACGAAUUGGCUCUUGUCAUGGAACAGCUCGACGCAAUGCGCACCAAAGGCAAUCCCCAGGAAGAAGCCAAGGCGACUCUGGCUCAGGCUGAGAGUGAAGUCGUGCGUUUGCAAAGCAUUAUCACCUCACUGCGUAGCGAGGCUGAGGCAAAGACUAAAGAAGUCAGGGAAGCCCAGGAUGCCCAAGAUCAAGCAGAGGCCGAGGUUAAAGGCCUGCAACAAUUCAUCAACGAUUUGCAGGGAGACAAAGACAUCGAGGACGAGGGGGUCAGAGAGGCCCGUGACCGUGCGGAAGAUGAAGUGAAGCGUCUACAGGCCAUAAUUGAAUCGUUACAGAAUGAUAACAACACGAAGAGCGAAGAGGCCACAGAGGCCAGAGAGGCCCGCGACCACGCGGAAGAUGAAGUCAAACGUCUACAGGCCAUCAUUGCAUCGUUGCAGAGUGAUAAUGAUGUGAAGAGCGAAGAGUUCAGAGAAGCCAGAGAGGCCCACGACCAUGCGGAAGGUGAAGUCAAGCGUCUACAGGUGGUCAAUACUUCGCUACAGAAUGAUACCGAGAAAAAGAUCGAAGAGACCAGAGAGGCCCAUAGCCGCGCGGAAGACGAAGUUAAGCGUCUACAGGACAUCAUUAUAUCGCUGAAGAAUGAUACCGACAGCACGAGCGAAGAGACCAGAGAGGCCAGCGAACAUGCGGAAGAAGUCAAGCGCCUCCAGGUGGCCAUUGCAUCGUUGCAAAAUGACACCGACGCUAAAACGAAAGAGGUCAUAGAGGCCCGCCACCGUGCGGAAGACGAAGCCAAGCAUCUACAUAUCGUAAUUGAAACUUUGCAAAACGACGCCGAUGCUAGAGGUGAAGACGUCAAGGAAGCCCGGGACCGCGCGGAGAGCGAGGUUCAACGCCUGCAGAGCGUCGUUGAAACACUGCAGAACGAUAGCGAUUUCAGAUCCGAGGAAGUUAGGGGUGCUCGUGAUCGCGCCGAACAAGAGGUCGCUCAGCUUGAAGCCGCGAUCCGGCAGAUUCGAAUUCAAUCCGAUGCCCGUAUCAAGGAGGCGGAUGAUCAGCGCGCGCAGUCCGACCACAACGCCACUCGCCUGCAGAAUGAGUUGACUGAGCUUGAAGGCGAGAUUGUGCGGGUCACAACUGAACUGACAAUGGCCAAGGCAGAGCUGGAUGGGGCCUAUGGUACUCGAGCCGAACGUGCGGCAGUAGUGGCUUCCAACACUAGUGUCCAAAGGGAGAAUGAUGCACUGGUCACCCGGAACAUCGAGCUCACUGAGGAACUGGCUGCUCUGAAGAGCCAACGAGGAGGUGGUGAUCUUCAGCAGCGGGCAGAUAAUCUAGAAAGAGAACUUAGUGAGAUCAUCGAUGACUACGAAGCCAUGACGAAAGCCAGCAUCGAGUUUGAAAAAGAACGCGAACGCUUCGAGAUUCUCAUUGACAGUCUUCGGGACCGUUGCGAGCAACUCGAAACAAAACUGGCAGAAGAACGUAUAAGCUGGAUGAACUUGAGUAGUCCCACAUCUGUGGGCCGCGAUGGCACUUACGACACGACAUCUACCAUGGUGCUCAAGAAUGAGUUCAAGAAGAUGAUGCGUGACACGCGCAACGAGAACAUGAAGAUGUUUAGGGCUGAACAAGAAGAGCGUCGCAGAAUUGAAGGGUUGCUGCGAGCCCUAAAAAAGGAGCACGCCAAGGUGACUGGCAAGAGCCCAGGUAGCACUCCAUAA